CUUUUCGUCGCCGGAUUCUUGCAAUCGAGAAUCAUCUGUCGCCGAUUUUCGUCUCUAAUUUCUUUCUCCGACUUCAAUCGAAAUGUUACGUCUGUUUAUUCAAUUAGAUUUGUCUUCAAGUUCUGUUCGAGUUUAGCAAAGGGAGGACUUUUUAUUCUCGAAUACGAGCUCGUGAUCAAUGGCCAUUUCUAUGGAAUCAAGCUCGAAAUCAAGGAAAGAAACCGUCUUGAUCAAAUACGCCAUCUUCUCGCGAAUCCUCGUUCUCUUCUUAACCAUUUUGUGGCGGAGCUUACUCCAACCGUACGAUACAUCCGCUUCACUAAAUCCUCCUUGCUUGUAUCACAAAGAAGAUUCUCCUCCAUUUCUAGUAGCCAAUGCAGCUUCGAGAUCCCUUGAAAACAGCGUUGUCUGGGACAGUGUGUAUUUUCUCCGAAUCACCGAGUGUGGCUAUGAGUAUGAGCAGACUUACGCCUUCUUGCCUCUGCUUCCCUUCUUCAUCUCGCUUCUCUCUCGCACAGUUUUUGCACCUUUGGUUCCAUUGAUUGGUCUUCGAGCUGUGAUGGUGUUGUCUGGUUACGUUGUCAGCAACUUAGCCUUCAUAUUAGCUGCUAUCUAUCUAUUCAGGGUUUCAGUUGUUAUUUUGAAAGACACUGAAGCAUCAUUCAGAGCUUCGAUUGUGUUCUGUUUCAAUCCGGCCUCCAUAUUCUAUUCGUCAAUAUAUUCAGAGAGUCUAUAUGCUCUUUUUUCAAUCGGAGGCGUGUAUCACUUGUUAUCUGGUACAAGCAAUGUAGCCGUUCUCUGGUUCGCACUCUCUGGUUGUGCAAGGUCUAAUGGAGUUCUUAAUGCUGGUUAUAUCUGUUUCCAGACGAUGCAUCGAGCAUAUGAAGCUUUAUAUCAGAAAAGGCGCGCUUAUUUUAAGGUUGCAAUGGAAGAGUUUCUUGAUUUUGUAUGUAUGGUAGCCAUAAUGAUUUGUCUCGCUACCCAGUUGGCUAUGCAGGUUUUGGUUGCUGGAUUUCUUAGAUGCGUAUGCAUUUGUCUUCCUUUUGUCGCGUUUCAAGCAUACGGAUACUAUAACCUUUGUCAUGGACGUACACUUGAUGAAAUGAGGCCUUGGUGCAAAGGAAGGAUACCUUUGCUGUACAACUUCAUUCAAAGUCAUUAUUGGGGAGUAGGUUUCCUAAAAUACUUUCAGUUUAAGCAGCUCCCAAACUUUCUGCUCGCAUCCCCAAUUCUUUCUUUAGCUGUUUGUUCGAUUAUGAGUUACUUGAAGUCUCGGCCUGAGCUCUUCAUUUCGCUGGGUUUUCAAGCUACCGAGAAAGAAAAGAGAUCUGUUGCAGGGCUUUAUUCUCUGAAGGAUGCAGUUAAACUAAAUGUUAAAACUUCAACAAAUGAAGGAAACCGUGACAUCAGGCACCGGAAGCCUAGCAGUAAGAAGGAUGUGACUGUGACCAGAGUGGCUGCGGAAUCCAACUCUCCAGAAAAUUUAGGAUACUUUUCAGCUGAUGUUUUCCCAUUUAUUGUACACUUGGGUUUGAUGGCAACCACGGCGUUCUUCAUCAUGCAUGUUCAGGUUGCAACACGGUUCUUGUCGGCAAGCCCUCCACUUUACUGGUUUGCAUCGUCUUUGAUUGCAUCUCCAGAACAUAGUAAAUGGGGAUACUUGAUAUGGUCAUAUUGUGCAGCCUAUAUCCUUCUUGGCACUUUGCUCUUCUCAAACUUUUAUCCCUUCACUUGAUCUAAUGGCUUUCUCAGCGUCAUUUGAUAUGUUCUUUUGGUCUGUUUUGUAAAAGAUUUGACACUGAGGCGACUGUUUCACUGUAAAAAUAUAAAUGAAGGGUGUGGUGUUUA